CCCUUCUCCCGCCAUGGCCUCCAACUGCACCGGGGGCGCCGCCACCGCCACAGCCCCCGCGGCGGGGAGCGUCCCUCCUGCCCCGGGCCCGACGCUCAGCGCCUCCAAGACCAAGACGAAGAAGAAGCACUUCGUCUGCCAGAAGGUCAAGCUCUUCCGCGCCUCCGAGCCCCUCCUCAGCGUCCUCAUGUGGGGCGCCAACCACACGAUUAAUGAGUUGAGUAAUGUUCCAGUUCCAGUGAUGCUAAUGCCAGAUGACUUUAAAGCCUACAGUAAGAUUAAGGUGGACAAUCAUCUUUUCAACAAGGAAAAUCUGCCCAGUCGCUUCAAAUUUAAGGAGUACUGUCCCCUGGUGUUCCGAAAUCUUCGGGAACGGUUUGGGAUCGACGAUCAGGAUUAUCAGAAUUCUGUGACGCGGAGUGCCCCAGUGUACACUGACAGCCACGGCCGGUGCGGGGUCCAUUUUCUCACCACCUACGACCGGCGUUUUGUCAUCAAGGCUGUAUCGAGUGAGGAUGUUGCCGAGAUGCACAACAUAUUAAAGAAGUACCACCAGUUCAUUGUGGAAUGUCACGGAAACACGCUUCUCCCUCAGUUCCUCGGCAUGUACAGGCUCACUGUGGAUGGCGUGGAAACCUACAUGGUAGUUACCAGGAACGUGUUUAGCCACCGGCUGACCGUGCAUCGGAAAUACGAUCUCAAGGGUUCAACCGUGGCCAGAGAAGCCAGCGACAAGGAAAAGGUAAGGACAGCUGUUGAGGGGAGGUUUACCACGGAUGGACCUCUGCUCCAUAUAGACGCCAAUUCCCGUGGCAGCUGGGGAGAAAGAACGCCUUUUUCUGUCGGCUCCCAGUUUCUCGCCCAGCUGAAGAUCAUGGAUUACAGCUUGCUGGUGGGGAUACAUGACGUGGACCGGGCAGAGCAAGAGGAGAUGGAAGUGGAGGACCGGGCGGAAGACGAAGAAUGCGAGAACGAUGGUGUUGGGGGGAACCCCAUUGGUUCUUACGGGACCCCCCCUGACAGUCCUGGCAACCUUCUCAACUUCCCCCGUUUUUUUGGACCUGGGGAGUUUGAUGCGUCGGUGGAUGUCUACGCCAUGAAAAGCCAUGAAAGUGCUCCUAAAAAGGAGGUAUAUUUCAUGGCCAUUAUAGAUAUCCUCACGCCGUACGACACAAAGAAGAAAGCGGCACAUGCUGCCAAAACUGUGAAACACGGGGCUGGAGCAGAGAUUUCCACGGUUAACCCAGAGCAGUAUUCAAAACGCUUCAACGAAUUUAUGUCCAAUAUCCUGACAUAGUUAUUUCCCCACCCUCGGCAAGGGAGAGGGGAGAGGCUACUUCCGAAACCAAAGGAGGAAUGCGGUCCACUCUGCUGGGGGGUUGCUGUUCCCGUGAGGGUGUGAAAACGCUGUGGCAGAUGACUCGCUUGUAGCUUCAGGUCUCUGACAGCUCCACUGGACCUUGGUGGGGAAUUUGGGGCCUCUCUCUCUUUCUUUCUGUUUGGUUGCUGAGACAUCCAAAUGUGAACCCGAGGAAUUAAGCACUGUUAAGAUCAACGCUUUUAUUUUGGAAGAGUCUCAGAACAGUCAGACGUCAACUGUGAGUAAAUAACAGAAGUUAACGCCACAAACUGUUUGAUUCUUCAAUUUGGAAUUCUGUUCUUCACGGAGAACAAACA